CUAACCUUGUGUUGUUUGGGAAUUGUUUUUCGUAUGAGUGAUGAACAAAAGGAAAGGGCGCAUAGUAUAUGGGUUGGUCCAAAAAAUGAUCCGAUUUUGAUAGAUUGGGAAAAUGGCGAAACACUAGACGUUCGAAUGUUAACGUUAAAUCCUUCAGUAAAUACUAUAUCAAAAGUGAAGCAACGCCUUGUGAUGACUGAUACCACGCAAAGAAAUUUAAAUGCGAUAUGUUUGGCACUUUCUAUGGGUUCUCCAAUUUUACUUGAAGGCGUUACUGGUUUAGGGAAAACGUCAUUGAUAGAAGAAAUUGCAAUUGCAACUGGGCGUGAUGAAGACAGAUGCAAAGGAACUUAUGUUUCUACGUCUACUCCAGCCGCAUUUUGUUGGCAGCCUGGGAUCCUCACAACUGCCGUGCGUGAUGGAUAUUGGGUUUUGAUUGAAGACAUAGAUCUCGCGUCAAUAGAUGUGCUGUCUAUCUUAUUUCCUUUACUUGAGACUGGUCAACUUUUCAUUCCAGACAAAGGUGAAAAAAUUCUUGCCAAGCAAGGUUUCCAAUUAUUUGCGACAAGAAAUUUAUUAUCUGACCAUGAUGGUGAAAUUUCAAAAAGGCAAAUGACUGAUUCAGAUAUUAGUAAUACACUAUGGACAAAAAUUCAAGUUCAAUCUCAAAGUAUUGAUGAACUCGAAUUUAUAAUUGCAAAUCGUUAUGAAGGUUUACGGACUUUAGUUCCCGAUAUUAUACGUGUUUAUAAAACUAUAAUUUCCAUUUAUCAAGAUGCUAAAAUGUUUUCGUCAAAUACACUAAAGUUUAUAUCUGCACGUGAUUUGAUGAAAUGGUGUAGGAGGAUCGAAUUUUUUAUUAGCUCAAAUGAUCUUAUGAUUGGUAGUCAAGGUCUUUCAAGUAGAGUACGAGAAGAACUCUUCAAAGAAGCCGCGGAUUGCUUUUGCGCCAUGAUAUCCGAUCAUGAAAAUUUGAUCAUGGUAUUAGAGAGGCUCGGUGAAACUUUAGGAUUGACAGAUCAAUGGGUUCGACACUUUGUAAAUUCUUACACUCCGAACAUUAAUAUUGAUGAGAAAGGUGUCAUAAUCGGACGAGCUCAGUUCGUUUCAAUGAAUCGUAAAAAAUAUACAAACAUUAAACGUGUAUCGCAGAAACAACAGUUUGCCAACACAGGACAUGCUUUAAAAUUGUUGGAACAGAUUUCAACAUGUGUUCUCCUAUGCGAACCUGUCCUAUUAGUUGGCGAAACCGGAACCGGUAAAACUGCUACGAUUCAAUAUUUGUCGGAGCUUAUGCAUCAAAAUCUUAUCGUUGUAAAUUUGUCACAGCAAGGUGACAGUAGUGAUCUUCUUGGCGGAUUCAAGCCGGUUGAUGUAAAAGCUAUAGUUGCACCAUUGAAAGAGGAGUUUGAUAAGUUAUUUGGAAAAACUUUUUCUGUGAAAAAGAAUUAUCGUUUUUUGGAAACCGUACAUAAAAUGUACGUUACCAAGAAAUAUUUUAAAUUAAUAUCCUUAAUGCAAGAAGCAAUUAAAUUAGCAGAGAAAAGUUUUAACACUGAACAAAGUCAAGAUGAACGAAAGAAUUCACGAAAAGUAUCAAAUCCUGAGUUAAGAAAUCAAUGGAAAUUAUUUGAAAAUUCUGGUUCUUUGGCUAAUGCAGUUACAAAUGGUGAUUGGAUUCUUUUAGACGAAAUUAAUUUAGCAUCUACAGAAACGUUAGAGUGUUUAAAUGGCAUUCUUCAAGACCCAGAAAGUUCAUUAUUAUUAAUUGAAAAAGGUGAUUCUAAGCCAAUCAUUCGUCAUCCAAAUUUUAGAAUUUUCGCAUGUAUGAAUCCUGCUACUGAUGUGGGCAAGCGAGAUCUUCCACCGGGAUUGCGCAGCCGGUUUUCAGAGUUUUAUGUUAAUUCUCCUGAUAGUAGACGGGAUGACUUGUUGUGUAUUGUAAAAAAAUAUUUAUCAGGAUGUAUUCAUGGUGAAGAACGUGCAUGUGUUGAAAUCGUUAAUUUUUAUUUGGAGAUAAAGGAAUUGCAACGACAACAUAAGCUUGUGGAUGGAUCAAAUCAACGACCUCAUUUUAGUAUGAGAACUCUUACUCGGGCAUUGAGUGUUGUUUCUCAAAUCACGCCGAUAUAUGGAUUAAGACGUUCUAUUUAUGAGGGUUUCUGUAUGACAUUUUUGACGCAGUUGAAUAAAGAAAGUGAAAUAAUAAUGCAAGGAUUAUUUGAAAAUUAUUUAUUAAAUGGUGUCAAUAAUCCUAAAGCUUUAAUUACGCAAAUUCCACGACAACCGCCUAACAGUGAUUAUGUCCAAUUUGGAUGUUAUUGGUUAAAAAUUGGACAAUAUCCCCCAAAAGAAGUGUCACAUUAUAUAUUAACGCCUUCAGUAAUGAAAAAUUUAACCAAUUUAGCGAGAGUUGUCAUGAGCAGUAAGUUUCCAGUAUUGCUUCAAGGUCCUACUUCAGCUGGAAAAACGAGUAUGAUUCAUUAUUUGGCUCAAAAAACUAAUCAUCGUUUUAUGAGAAUUAAUAACCAUGAACAUACUGAUCUUCAAGAGUAUCUUGGCAGUUAUGUUACAAAUAGUGAAGGCAAACUUGAGUACCAAGAAGGAGCACUUGUUGAAGCUGUGAGGAAAGGUUAUUGGCUCGUAUUAGACGAAUUAAAUCUUGCACCUACUGAUGUAUUAGAAGCUUUAAAUCGUCUUUUAGAUGAUAACAGGGAACUUUUUAUUCCUGAAACACAAGAAAUGGUCAAACCGCAUAGUGACUUUAUGCUUUUCGGAACUCAAAAUCCAUCCGGAUUAUAUGCUGGUCGUAAAGCACUUUCUCGUGCAUUUCGUAAUCGAUUUGUUGAGAUACAUUUCAAUGAUAUUCCAGAAGAGGAAUUAGAAACUAUUAUUUCAGAAAAAUGUUCUAUUGCACCAUCUCAUUGUAAACGUAUGGUUCAAGUUUAUAAACGACUCAUGGAACAACGUCAAAGUACGAGAAUAUUUGAAAAGCAGCAUGGAUUUAUUACAUUAAGAGAUUUAUUCCGUUGGGCCAAAAGAGGUGCAAUAGAUUAUAAAGAAUUGGCAGAACAAGGUUUCAUGCUUUUGGCAGAAAGAGUAAGAAAGCCGGACGAAAAAUUAAUCGUUAAACAAGUAUUAGAGACGGUAAUGAAGGUGACUAUUGAUGAAAAUUCAAUAUAUGAUUGCUCUAGAUUGGAAGAGUUUAAAAUGUAUCGACAAAACAAUAUUGUAUGGACAAAAGCUAUGAAGCGAUUAUUCAUGCUUGUUGCGCAAUGUUUGAGGUUUAAUGAGCCCGUCUUAUUAAUCGGUGAAACUGGAUGUGGCAAAACAUCAGUGUGUCAAGUGUUGGCUGAAGCUCGACACACAGGCUUAUACAUUUUAAAUUGUCAUCACAGCACUGAAACUGCGGAUUUGUUAGGUGGGCAAAGACCGUUAAGAAAUCGAGUUUCGAGAUAUGAACAAUCUUGUAGUACAUUAUUUGAAUGGAAUGAUGGACCACUUAAUUAA